CCUGCGCGUAGUAUCAGGAGCUCGAGCCUUACCGGGACUGGCUGGAGGCCUGUUACCCAGAGAUGAGGAAGCUGAGGCCCCGAGGAAGCCUACAGUCCACACAGCCUACAGAGAAGCAGCAGAAUCAGGAAUCAUACCCAGACCUCUGCAAAGUUUCUCACUUAGAAUUGGGAGAAGACCCUCUGGCUGAAUGGCAACUGUAGAUGACUUGCAGUUUGAAGAAUUUGGUGAUACAGCCACUUCUGUAGCAGCAAACCCAGAUGCCACUACGAUAAGCAUUGAGGAUGCUCAUGAAACCCCAAAACUUCAUCCAGGACCCCCAGGAGGCUCAAGGAGAGAAGAGGAUGAUGAGUUACUGGGGAAUGAUGAUUCUGACAAAACUGAGUUACUUGCUGGACAGAAGAAAAGCUCCCCCUUCUGGACUUUUGAAUAUUAUCAAACAUUCUUUGAUGUGGACACCUACCAGGUCUUUGACAGAAUAAAAGGGUCUCUUUUGCCAAUACCAGGAAAAAACUUUGUGAGGUUAUAUAUCCGCAGCAAUCCAGAUCUCUAUGGCCCCUUUUGGAUAUGUGCCACAUUGGUCUUUGCCAUAGCAAUUAGUGGGAAUCUUUCCAACUUCUUAAUCCAUCUGGGAGAGAAGACAUACCAUUAUGUGCCCGAAUUCCGAAAAGUGUCCAUAGCAGCCACAGUCAUCUAUGCCUAUGCCUGGCUGGUUCCUCUCACUCUCUGGGGUUUCCUCAUAUGGAGAAACAGCAAAGUUAUGAACAUCGUUUCCUAUUCAUUUUUGGAGAUUGUGUGCGUCUAUGGAUAUUCACUCUUCAUUUAUAUCCCCACAGCAAUACUGUGGAUUAUCCCACAGAAGGCUGUUCGCUGGAUUCUGGUCACAAUUGCCCUGGGCAUCUCGGGCUCUGUCUUGGCAAUGACAUUUUGGCCAGCAGUUCGUGAGGAUAACCGGCGCAUCGCGUUGGCCACAAUUAUGACAGUUGUGUUGCUUCACACGCUGCUUUCUGUGGGCUGCUUGUUCAGUAUCUUUUGGGUGUGCUGCUUUUGGACAUGGCACCCGCUGCAGGGAUGCAGAAUGACCAAAGCCAGCAGGAAAUGGAUGGAGCGACACCAGCCCCAGCACCUAGAGGGGCUGCCCUGGAGCCCCACCACUUCUCCAACAAGCAAAAUUAAAUGUUGGUCAGCAUAUGUGUCUUUCAGCUCUUCUCUCUCUGCUACCAAUUAUCAUUUUGACUGCUGACUGAGGUACAAGGGAAUGGGUUAGAUGCGCCGAGCGCCCUGCCAUUUCCUCUCCCCACCAGGUGAUGUUCUUCAUGUUAGGUACGCCCGUAAUACCUGAAGUGGAUCCACCCUAACUUCUCAUGUCUUUCCUCACAAUUAUGUAUAGAUUACAUAGGUGAUCCUCUUUCCUCCAAAUGCUUGACAUCCUAAAGAGGCCAAAUGGUGGGAACUUUGGUUGGGAUUCACUGGAAGCCUAAAAAUUUGUCUUUGGUGACCUGACACUGGGUAACUGAACUUAAUGGUCGCAAAAUAAAUACCUCACAUAAGUCUGUGUCUGGACGACUUUAUGAAUUUGA